AAAGAGAUCACGCUCGGACAUGAACAUGAUCUUUAAUUGGGAAAUCCUGGUGUGUUUUUUCAUGCAAAGAAUUGUUUUUUCGAUUCGAAUUGUUCGGUCCAAAACUGACAAUUUUUUCUCCACUUUGUGCCUGGCAGCCUGAUUGAAAACACUAGACUCACAACUCGUAUUUCUACAGCAUUUCUUCUUCUUGAAGCUGUAUUUUUGAAAGCAACACUAAACACAAUCUCCUCGGGUGUCUCACUUCUUGUAUACGCAGAUCUACUAAGACUAACCGUGGUAAAUCGCAUCGAUUUCCGUAGAUAACUCCUACCCUUGCACGCGAAUCAACUGCAAGAAAAUGGCGGCUGGCUUUGGAAUCAACGGAUUUGGCCGCAUCGGCCGCUUGGUCUUUCGUGCCGCGAUGGAAAACCCCGAUGUCGAAGUCAAGGCUAUCAACGAUCCCUUCAUGGACUUGGAAUACAUGGUAAGUAUUAAAUUCCAUCCCUGCAUCUACUGCAUGUAGACCUUAGUUCGUCGUCUGUCAUCUUCAUCCGAAAAACAAAAAUAUUUUGAAGGAGCAAAACGAACCACGACGACGGAAGGAGCUGAUGAAUUAGAAUUGGAUGAAAUGCGUCCACCUUCGUGGAACACGAAUUUUUAGACUCCUCCAAUCAUCUGCAUCAGCUAGAUCUAAAAAAUUAAAUAUCGUAUUGUCUUACACUUCAUCCCUAUCCACACGACAUCCAGGUUUACCAGCUGAAGUAUGAUUCCGUGCAUAAGCGCUACGCGGGCAGCAUCGCGACGGAGGCCAAGGACGGGAAGGAGUACCUCGUCGUGAAUGGCUUGUCCAUCCGGGUUUUCCACGAGAAGGAACCCAGCAGCAUCGGGUGGGGCGAGGCCGGCGCGGACUACGUCUGCGAGUCCACCGGCGUCUUUCUCGAGACCACCAAGGCGGAGGCCCACAUCAAGGGCGGCUGCAAGAAGGUGAUCAUGUCCGCGCCGCCGAAGGACAGCACCCCGAUGUUCGUCAUGGGGGUGAAUCACGAGGAGUACACGAGCGACAAGACCGUCGUGUCCAACGCUUCUUGCACGACCAACUGCCUCGCUCCCCUCGCCAAGGUCGUCCACGAAAACUUUGGUAUCAAGGAGGGCCUGAUGACCACCGUGCACGCCAUGACCGCCACGCAGCUGGUCGUCGACGGUCCCUCCCGCGGCGGCAAGGACUGGCGCGGGGGCCGCUGCGCGAGCCAGAACAUCAUCCCGGCCGCGACGGGGGCUGCCAAGGCGGUCGGCAAGGUGAUCCCGGAAUUGAACGGGAAGUUGACCGGUAGAGAAGCAUUGUUGGUUUUUUCAAAAGUAGUCUGCUUUGCGGGGUUUUUAGAAUUUAGUAUGAGACAUAGUCAUAGAUUGCGCCACGUGUUCCACGAGCCUAGAACCUCCCACACGGAACUUUAAAUUGCAACCAAAAUAACAGGUAUGGCGUUCCGCGUGCCGACCCCGGACGUGUCUGUGGUUGACCUGACCUGCAAGCUGGAGAAGCCGGCCACCAUGAAGGACAUUGUGGAGGCGUGCAAGAAGGCCGCGGAGGGCAAGAUGUCCGGCAUCCUGGACGUGACGGAGGAUGAGGUGGUGUCCACGGAUUUUGUCGGCCACAAGUGCAGCUCCAUCCUGGACGUCAAGGCCGGCAUCCAGCUGAACGACACCUUUGUGAAAUUGGUGUCCUGGUACGACAACGAGUGGGGCUACUCCAACCGCUUGGUCGACCUGGCCGUCCACAUGAGCAAGGUGGACUCGAAGUAA